AAUCCACAACAACAAGUGUGUCAACAACAACGGAACCAAGCUUUGAGAGUGUUAUCUUCCAAACCGCUUUGAGAUAAACCACGAUUGAAAACCUGGAUAUCCGUGAAUAACUUCAGAGGACUGGAAGCGACGGUUUGACUUCUGAAGUUGACUUUUUGUUUUCGCCUGAAGACCUCAAUACUUGGGCAGUCCACUGACACUUGACGACUAGCGCUUUCUCUUUGGAUAACUUUUUCUAUCAAGUGCUUCGUGCAUCCUUUUUUCGUGCAGAGGAGAUAUGACCGCAUUAGCGGGGGGCAUUUCCAGGAUGAUGCGCCCCACGCCACCCCAAAACUACCCGAGAGGUGGCUAUUCCUUGGAGGUCUCUACGCCUUUAGGUCAGGGCCGCGUGAACCAGCUCGGCGGAGUCUUCAUAAACGGGCGCCCUUUGCCCAAUCACAUCCGCCACAAGAUAGUAGAGAUGGCCCAUCACGGCAUACGACCGUGCGUCAUCUCCCGGCAGCUGCGAGUCUCACACGGAUGCGUGUCCAAAAUUUUAUGCAGGUACCAGGAGACCGGUUCCAUUCGGCCCGGGGCUAUUGGUGGCAGCAAACCCAAGCAGAGCACAACUCCUGACGUGGAAAAGAAAAUCGAAGAAUACAAGAGAGAAAAUCCAGGGAUGUUCAGCUGGGAGAUUCGGGAUAAACUUCUGAAAGAUGGAAUCUGCGAUCGGAAUAACGUUCCUUCAGUGAGUUCCAUCAGCCGCAUGCUGCGCUGUAAAUUUGGUGGAAACGGAGAUGAAGAUGAGGAUGACGAUGAAGUGGAGAAAAGAGAGAUUGAAGAAAACGAAAGAAGAGCCAAGCACAGCAUCGACGGAAUUCUUGGGGACAGAUCAAGCCACUCUGAUGAGGGCUCAGAUGUGGACUCAGAGCCUGGUUUACCAUUAAAGAGGAAACAGCGGCGCAGUCGGACCACGUUCACAGCCGAGCAGCUAGAAGAGCUGGAGAGAGCCUUCGAACGCACACAUUACCCUGAUAUUUACACCAGAGAAGAGCUCGCCCAGAGAGCCAAACUCACAGAGGCACGAGUGCAGGUCUGGUUCAGUAAUAGACGAGCUCGCUGGAGGAAGCAGGCGGGAGCCAAUCAGCUUAUGGCAUUUAAUCACCUGAUACCUGGUGGUUUCCCUCCCUCUGCCAUGUCGAGUCUACAGCCUUAUCAGCUGGCGGACUCUCCUUAUCCUCCGUCGUCUAUUUCACAAGUCUCGGAACAGCCCAGCACUGUGCACAGGCCCCAGCCUCUUCCCCCCACCUCAGUGCAUCAGUCUGGGCUUGGCAGUGGACCGGGGGCCCAGGAGGGGAGUUCGGCCUACUGCCUCUCCUCUGGACGUCACGGCUUCUCUGGUUACUCAGAUGGAUAUGUGGCCGCACCGGGCCACGCAAACCCAGUGAACCCCUCCAUCAGCAACGGCCUCCCAUCACAGGUGAUGGGGCUGUUGAAUCCAGGCGCAGUUCCUCAUCAGCCGCAAUCUGAUUUCGCCCUGUCUCCGCUGACGGGCGGUUUGGAGCCCAGCACAGGCAUGCCCGCCAGCUGCCACUCCUCUCAGAGACUGGAAGCUCUGCCAGGCCUUCCCAGCAUGCCAGCUCUGCCCAGCUCCCAGUCCUACUGCCCGUCCAGCUACAGUUCACCCGGGUACAGCGUCGACCAUGUGGCGUCUUACCAGUACAGCCAAUAUGGGCAGAGCAAGGUGCCUUUCAUCAUCUGAGACCUCCACAUUGGCUGAAUGAAGAAUGACAGGAAGGAGAUGGAGAGAUCCGUGGAUGAUCUGACCGCAAACUCCUGCACUUGAGCUCUCCUUCACCUCUUGAAUGUUUGACCAAAAUGAUCAUCCUUCCUGAAACUCGCACUCUGCCUCUCUGUCCGAGUGAGCCUUGCUGAGGAUCCAGGGAUAACGGUGAUCUGUGUUGCUUUUAACAAAGGGGACAAUGUGGACGAGGUUGGGUUGGGAUUAGAACCAGAAUCGAGGACUAGUUUUACCAUUUAGACCUGGAGGAAACAGACCCCUCUGUAUAUAUACAGCUUAUAUAUAUAUAUAUCCCAUUUUAGAGCAUCACAUAUUCUGAUGACACUCGCCGCCUCCUUCACGAAGAGCAUGAGGACACAUGGAGGACAAAGGGAAAGGACAAACAAACAUCUCUAAGAUUGAGACUGUGCUUAUAAACAGCACGGAAUGGCAGGGAAGAGUGUGGCGCCAUACUCUGAUUUCAGCUGUCCACUGACGGACGCACUUUACUGGCUGGUUUGUGACCCAACUCGACGGUGACUCUUUUAGCUGAGACACAUUUUGCUGAUGUAUUUAGGAAAUAAGGGCUCCGGAAAUGACAGAUGUGCCAACUUUUCCUUAUUUCUUGCUUGUGAAUAAAAGACUGACUCCAUAAGAACAUGUUGACUUUCAGCACAACGCUCUCAGGCCUUCUUCGUAGAGAGGAAGAGGGGCGACCUGAAAGGAAUGCACUCAAGUGUCCGAUGGCAUUCAGAGAGAUAGACGGACUAAACGAAAAAGUGUGACCCUUUUAUUACUAGUUCAUCUGAGCACACACACACACACACAAAAUACCAUAUUAUUAGACAGACGUCAAGUUCAGAAUGGAAUAUUACUAUACUUCAUUUUGCAUACUGUGUACUGCAGUAUAUACUAUGUUUAGGAAACAGAAGAUUUUUCGCAGUGAUGAAUAGUUGAAAUUAUAGUAUUUCCUUUUAUUAAAAGAAAACAUUUUGGCAGCGAGAUGAAAUGAGUUAAGAAAAGACAUUGAAAUGUAAUUUGAAGGUCCGGUCAUGUGCAUUACAGUAGCUACGUUUCCAUCCAAAGUCAAAUAAU